GCCAAUUUUACGAGCGUUACCCUCCUCCUGACCUUCCCUGAGGCAGCCGAACCUCGUCUGGUGUGAAAGGUACUCCGAGGCUUUGAUCCUAGAGGACUGGGUUUGCGGGAUAUGGCCCAAUAGCAGCAGCACGUGAUGCCGGACCAUGACAGCGACUCCCUCCUGAACAGACAGACCAAACGAAGACGUGUGGACAUCGGUGUUAAGAGGACCGUGGGCAGCACAGCCUCCUCCACAGCAGCAGCCACAACAACAACAACCACUGAUAACAUUGCCCGCGCCAAAGCAGCCAUUUUCAGUGCCAUGAACUCUCUGAGCUCCCACUCUCACCACGGAUCAGACACCGACUCCAUGGAGUGCUCUGUAGUGCAGCCACAUGGUGGACCUGGCGUUGUGUCAGCCAGCGACAGUGAGUCCAAAUCCAAUGUACUCCGAAAGCUACUGAAGAGGGCCAACUCAUACGAGGACACCAUGAUGCCCUUCCCUGGCACCACCAUUAUCUCUCAGCUUCUCAAGAAUAACAUGGCUAAAAAUGGAGGACCCGAGAGGGGAGAAAGAGGGGACAGGGGUGAUAGAGGGGAUAGGGGAGAUAGAGGGGAUAGGGGUGAUAGAGGGGAUGUUGGCUUCCCCGGAUCAGGGCUCUCCAAUGCAAGUUCAGAUGCUCCCCAGGAGGAUGCCUGCAGUAACUCCUCCCAUGAUAGCACCCCUCAAGAGUGCUUGUCACCCUUUGGUCGUCCUCCUGGCCUUGCCACCUUUGACAUUGAACGUCUCAACGAUGAACACCUGCGUGCUAAGCGAGCCCGUGUAGAGAACAUUAUACGUGGUAUGAGCCACUCACCCAGUGUGGUGGUACCUGCUGCUUCCCGUCAUGAGCGUGAGCAUGAGAUGGAUCGAGACCGGGAGAUGGAUCUAGACUGCCCACCCCCUCAGUCUCAGCAGCAGGCCCCCAGCAGCCCACGGGGAGGCGAGGUGUGCAGCAGUAGCAGCAGAGAGAACAAGCGUAAGCAGCGUCUGCCUCAGCAGCAACAGCAGAGCUUCACCCAGCUGGUGUGCCAGAGGAAGGAGCAAAAGCAGGAGGAGCGACGGCAACUGAAGCUGCAGCUGGAGGACAUGCAGAAACAGCUACGCCAGCUGCAGGAGAAGUUCUUUCAGAUUUAUGACUCAACCGACGACUCAGAACACAAUGACCUCCACAAUGACCUCCACAAUGACAUAGGAAACAUGUCCGAGGACAGCCCAGCCAGGUCUGACACCGGCGGUGAUGACCGGGGUGGAGAUGACUUGCGCUCUGACAAUGAGAUGUCUGACCUGGACCCGGGCCAUUUCCUGGACAGGGCGCGGGCGUUGCUUCAGGAGCAGGCCAUGCUGGCAGCUAGAGAGAAGCCAAGAAGAGAGGGGCUCAGCAGGAGCAAAGGACAGGGAGGUCCAGGCUCCUCAAUGCAUGCUGAAGGUAAACAGCUGGCGGAGACACUGAAGCAGGAACUCAAUUCAGCCAUGACCCAGGUGGUGGACACAGUGGUGAAGGUGUUUGCCAAGCCUCCACGCCCUACACCCCAGCAGGCCUUCCCCUCACUUUCCAUACCUCCUGAAAGAUUUCCCACCACUGUCAAUGGAGACAACCCCAACUUCCACACCACCAACCAGAGGCUGCAGUGCUUUGGUGAUGUCAUCAUUCCUAAUCCACUUGACUCGUUCACCAGCAUGCCCGGGAUGCCAGGUCCCACCAAUGACCAAACAGAGGCGAUACCCUUAGUCGUGAGGAAGACACCCAGUGAGCACCACCACCACCACCACCACCAGUCCUCAGCUGUGGGUGCCCAUGGUGGGCACCACCACCCCGUCCUUCACCCCUCCUCACUCUCUGCCUCCAUGGGCUUCAGCCCCCCAUCCUUUAGACAUCCCUUUCCACUGCCUCUCAUGGGCUACCCGUUCCAGAGUCCCCUUGGCGGGCCCACAGGUGGCUACCCAGGCAAGGACCGUUCCUCUCCAGACUCCAUGGACCUGUCCCGGGAGACCACCAGCCUGAGGACCAAGAUGGCAUCAGGUCACCAUAUGGGGCACCACCAUCGCUCUUGUUCACCAGCGCACCCUGGCAGCACAGCCGAGGGACUCUCCCUGUCCCUCAUCAAGUCUGAGUGCAGUGACCUCCAGGACAUGUCUGACAUCUCACCCUACUCAGGCAGCAAUAUCCAAGAGGGUCUCUCUCCCAAUCAUCUGAAGAAGGCCAAGCUCAUGUUUUUCUACACCCGCUACCCAAGCUCUAAUAUGCUCAAGAUGUUCUUCUCUGAUGUCAAGUUUAAUCGCUGCAUCACCUCCCAGCUGAUUAAGUGGUUCAGCAACUUCAGGGAGUUCUACUACAUCCAGAUGGAGAAGUUUGCCCGCCAGGCCAUUAAUGAUGGAGUCACUGGAGUCGAGGAGUUGGGCGUCAGCCGCGACAGCGAGCUCUUCCGAGCCCUCAACAUGCACUACAACAAGGCCAAUGACUUUGAGGUCCCUGAACGCUUUCUGGAGGUGGCAGAGAUCACACUGAGGGAGUUCUUCAACGCCAUUGUGGCCGGCAAAGACGUGGACCCGUCCUGGAAGAAGGCGAUCUACAAGGUCAUCUGCAAACUGGACAGCGAAGUCCCAGAGAUUUUCAAGUCCCCCAACUGUCUCCAAGAGCUUCUACACGAGUAAAUUUCUCCUCCUCCUUUUCCUCCUCCUCCUCCUCGCUCCACGC